AGUCCUUAGCAACGCAUUCAAGAGAGUAAACCAUCUGAGAAGAAAACUAAGCGACGCGCAAUAACUUUGCUUUAAAGUGGUAAUGGAAUGGAAUGAAAUGUGCGAAGAUUAUUAAAAUGAAAUAAAAUUGCCAAAUGUGCUCAACUGAAAUACUUUUGAAACCCCGGUGAAAUUUAGGUUCCUAAAUUUGAAAGACAGUCUUUGGUAAUUUUAGACGCAUAUCCUUGCGCUAAGUCAAUUUUGUCAAGCUCACAACUACUCGCAUAUGUAUACUGAUGUAUACAUAUACAUACUUAUGUAUGUAUGCUCUGCAGCAUAAAUGUGAAAAUUGGUAAAACGCAAAUGGAUUUAUGGUAAUGCAACUGGCAAGCCAAAGGGUAAUUGGCACUCCGAAAAACAGUGCGUUAUCAGAACGAACUUUGUAGAAUGGCACCUUUUAAGCUGAAAUUCCGAAUGGGCAGCUCGCGCAGCACGUCUCAAGAGCACGAUUCAGAUCCACAGGUAAACGAAGCGCUACUCAACCAUCAUCAGCAUCAUUCUGCAGCCAUAGGUGCCAGUAGCUCCACUAUCGAUUCAACCGACUGUACCAGUCUUGGUUCUAUGGGAACCAACGAGCGUAAAUCUUUACUGCCCAACAAAACCAACAAUAUGCGACUAGGAUAUAUCGACCACAAGUUCACAACAAGUAUUGACGAACCGACAACGGAAUCAAGCGCUGUUCCUACAACACCUCUAUCAACCUAUGAUUAUAUGCUAGAAGAGCUGAAAGUUAUCUCCCAUGAUGAAAACGCAAUCAACGAUCGCCGUGAUUCCUUGAAUAAUCCAAGAAACAACAUUAUUUUGUCGUCAUUAGAACACCUCGCACUAAAUGAGGAAGUCACCAUUGAAUGUACUGACCCCAAUUGUCAGGAUAAUUAUUUGUGCAACGAGCAACUUUUGCAACAACGAGAACAGAAUGCAUCCUUAAACGAGUUCAACAAUUUUCAUGAGUUCAUUGAGCAAUCCCGAAUCAUAAACCAAAAUAUUCGUAACAACGAGGUGAACAACUCUGAAGGUGAAGACGAGUGCGAGGAAGAUAAUCGUAAAGAGUCGAUAGAUUCUACGGAACUUUUGAUAUCUGCGAAAAUGACAACUUCAACGACAUCGACAUCAACCGCUCAUGAAACCACUAAUCUAGUGGAUAGCUGUAGAGGUGACUGUGAGCAAUGCGAAGCGGAUCACUAUAAUGAGGAAUGCAACGAAGAAUGCAACACUAGUGGCAAUGGCAAAACCAAUCGCGGCGGCAAUAGCAAUGACUUCUUCGAUCCACUAAUCAAUCAUGGUGGAUACUGUAGUGAAGUAUCGCAUUGUAAUCAGGAGAGUGGAGAUAAUCAGCUGCAGAAUGAGUGCCAGGGUAGUCAGUGGGAUACCGAUGGCGAUGGGGGUUGGAGCCAACAUCAAGAAAUGUCGAACAGCCAUAGUCAUGAGCAUCAACUACAGCAACAACAGCAAUCGCAAACAUACGAUUAUGAGUAUGGCAGCCAACAGCCGACACAGGAACGCUCCAUCACACCGGAAAUAAUAAGCAACAAAUCAUCAAAGGAAAUAUACAAAGAUUUAGCCAAACAAUGGGGCAUCACGUGUAAGAUGUCAGACGCAUGCCGUUGCAUGGAGUGUCAAGGUCAUUAUUUUGAUUGCGAAUACGACGACAAUGAGCACCAGAAAACGGAUGGUGGACUGGGUGCCGGCACACCGAUGUUCAUCAGUGAAGUAAUGCACGGUUCCGCUUGCAGCAUUCUCUAAACUCGGGAUAUUCUAAGAGUAGAUAUAUGAAUGUGAAACGACUGAAAGGUCUAAACAUACAUACAUACAUACAUAUAUAUGUAUUUGAACACACCUAGGCAUAGUUGCAAUAAUUCAUAUGAAAGUGUUUAUGGAGUCGGUGGAAGCCUAUAGGGAGUGUUGACCUACAUUUGCAUACUCAAAUUAAUUAGUCAAAUAAUGAACAACGUGAAUGCAAACCAUUUUGCUCUAAUGCUGUUACAACAGCCUAAGCACACACAUGCAUACACACAAGUAAAUAGAUACGAAACUGCAUUGAAUAUUCAAAACUAAAUGUUGUGGUUGAAACAUUGGCGCACUUGAAACUACAGACAAAUUGCACUGAUAAAAAUUUUUGUAAAAACACUAUUUCCAGAAGUACUGUGACAGUGAAGGUAUAGAAAAAAUUUGUACAUAUGUAUGUUUCGUGCAUUUGAUUUGAACCUCCUUGAGGAGGAAUUCAAGAUGAGGAAUUUUUUUGAGACAUUGCUAUCUUUAAUUCUCUUUAUAUAAAAUCGAAGUGACUAAAAAAUAUAUAUAUAUGUGUUUAUUUAUAUCUAGGCUUCCCGCACUCAAAAUGGACCAGGUGUGUUAUGUAGCAACUCAAUGGUAAUAUGUCAUGGCAGCUAACUUCACCCUGUGCUUUAUAUGCACCGGUUUCUACAAAUUUCCCAUCUCUAACCUGAAAACAUACUGAAUUUUUGGUAUUUUCACAGGUUUUUGAAAAAAAAACUACAAUGAAACUAAUUUUUUUUAAAUUUGGUUCAAAUCUUGUUAGUGGCGAAUCAGUUACCAUUCUGUUGACACAAAAACUGCCACUCGGUUUUGAAGAUAUCGCGGAGAAAUUUCGGGAUUCAGACGCAUUUUUGUUAUGUAAACAUCAUUUGUAAAACUCUUCAAGGAAAUUUGAAGCAGAACUAGAUGUUCUUUGAACGAAAUAUUAUAAUUUAAUUGUUGAGUAAAAUCAAUUAUUUUUCACAUUUCAAUUUAAAAUGUUAAGUUAUUGGAUGUAUUAAACUUCUAGAUUUAGUUGGUUAUCUUCACACAUAUUAGUAAGUGGAAAGUGUCUACAUAUUUUGACUGGUGCAGAAGAUACAUAUAAAAGAUAGACUGUUAUUCAAAUUCAAUUACAAAUUCAAACACAAGAAAUUUGUUCAGCAAAACCAAGAGCAAAAAUUAAUCGAGAGUUUAAAACUCAAAGUAAUUCAGAUAAAUAAAUUGUAAUACAUGAUAAGUAACCAUAAGCAAAAAUUUAGAAGACGUUGCUAUUAAAAAGAAGCCUUAUUACUGUUUAGUCGGCGAAAAAUAGUAUACCGUAGUGAACCCUCUUCGUGUAGCAUUGCAAAAAUAUACUAUAUAACGCGGUAGCGCCCACACUAUACAUAGACUUCAUACAUUUUUUCAUCCACUCUUUGUUACUAUACAUAGACUACAUGCAUUUUUUUCAUCCACUCUUUGUUAGUUUUCAGCAUUUGUAGUAUACUAAAGGGGUAAAGAAACUUCAAAAGUCUCGUAUUUAACAUUUCACUUGACUUGACUUGAACUGAGUGUCUUAAGCCAAACGCAUCUAAUGCUUGAUUAUUUUUUCCAUGAGCACAUCAUCAGAUUUAAGUAACAAAUCCUUCUGUUGUAAUAACGGUUUCUACCAAAAGAUUAUGGUUUCUCGAAACAAUCAAAAUAACGGUAACUCUUACACUGAAGUUUUUAACCAACCAUAAAAAUCAAAACAACCUAUUUAUUAUAGCUGUCUUCGAUAAGGCAUUUCUCUGCUCUCUUGUCAAAUUACAAGUGAAAGCAACAACAAUGACGGAUACCUUAUUAAAGUGGUACAACUUCUAUCUGUAAUACUGCAAACUUUUGUUUUACAUAUUACAAAUUUCUUUUUUUUAUUAUGAUUUUAAAACACAAGACUUAAAUUCAAUUAUAAUAAUUUAUAAAUCAGAAUAAAUGCUUACAGCAAAAUUUUUGUAGCGAAAUAAAGGAUUUCUCUACUAAGAAAGAUUGAUGAUACAAUCAUAACAAGACAUGUUACCACAAGCGCUCCCGUUUGUUUGGCGAAUCGAAGACAGCUUAUUUUUCUUAUGUUAAGCUCAUACAGACAUAUAUACAUACUUACGUACAAACAAAUUUCGUUUAAUCAUUGAAGUUGUUUAUGAAUCAAGCAAUCAACGCUUUGUUGUAUUUAUGAAUUAUUACUGCAGUACAUAAAUGUAUAAAUAAAUAUGUUAACGAAAGA